UUUGAUCGUGCAAUAUGAGUGCAAAAUCAAGGCGACCGAAAAGUCCAAGAGUUAGCCCAUCGCCUAGGCCAGGCAAUGCAUCGUCAAUGAUGGAUCGUGACGCUGAUAUGGACAAAAUUGAGGAGGAGGAAGGAUUUGACAGACGACCACCUAGUGUUUCUUCACGAACGGCCUGGGAUAACCAAGGAUUUGAUAUGGGGACUGAAGAAAGGGAAUUGAACAGCAGUUUUGGACGAGAAGAUGAGAAUUCUGAUGAGGGCGAAGGCCCACAGGCAAUGGAAAGUGAAGUUUAUAUUGCAGGUCAAAUGCGAGUUGUUGAUUCAAGUGUUAUGAAAGAAAAGGAACUUCAGCAGAAGGCUGGAUGUUGGACAAAAUUCAAAAGAUUCUUGCGAUCCUUCUGGAGAACAAGACAAACAGAUGACACGAAAGCCGACAAGGAGCUUCAUGUGCGGACCACCCUGCGAGAGUUGGCCAUCUACUUAGUGUUCUUGGUUGUCAUUUGCAUUGUUACCUUUGGUAUGACCAGCUCUACUAUGUACUACUACACCAAGGUUAUGUCAGAGUUAUUCUUAGACUCUCAGUACCCAGACACCAAGAAUACAUUCCGUGGAUCCUCUACUAUGGCUGAUUUCUGGAGGUUCUCCCAGAAUGUGCUCAUGGAUGGACUCUAUUGGGAGAAGUGGUACAAUAAUGAGAACGUGACAAAAGAUGAAUGGGGUUACAUAUUCUAUGAAAACAAGAUGUUAGGAAUUCCGAGAAUGAGACAGCUGAAAGUUAGGAAUGAUUCUUGCAUAGUUCAUGACCAUUUUAAAGACAUCAUCAAGACAUGCUACGCCCCAUAUGCUGAGAGUUUAGAAGAUCAAGAACCAUUUGGAAAGGCCAACGGAACUGCAUGGAUUUAUGCACCUCAGUCUGAACUGGAUGGCUCCUCUCACUGGGGUAAAUUAGCCUCGUAUAGUGGUGGCGGCUACUAUCAGGACCUUACUGAUAACCGUGCCGACUCCUUAGUGCUUAUCAACGACCUAUAUGAAAACUUGUGGAUUGACCGUGGAAGUCGUAUUGUGAUGGUGGAUUUUACAGUUUACAACGCUAACAUCAACCUCUUUUGCAUUGUGAGAAUGGUGAUGGAGUUCCCUGCAACUGGUGGUGCAAUUCCCUCAUGGAAUUUCCGUACAGUGAAACUGCUGCGUUACAUCACAGCUUUUGACUUUUUUGUGAGGGCAUGCGAACUUAUUUUUGUCUUGUUUGUCAUGUACUACAUUGUGGAAGAAGUUAUUGAGAUUCGUAAGCAUCGCAUGGCAUAUUUCAAGUCCAUCUGGAACAACCUGGACAUCAUCAUUAUCAUUAUAUCUGUUUUGUGCAUGAUAUUCAGUGUGUAUCGUACAUUGGCUGUGAAUCGUAUGAUUGAGACUCUUCUGUCUCAGCCUGAGAAGUACGCAGACUUCGAGUUCCUUGGAUACUGUCAAGGAAUCUUCAAUAAUGUCAUAGCUAUUGCAGUGUUUCUCGCUUGGGUCAAGGUGUUCAAGUACAUCAGCUUUAACAAAACCAUGAACCAGCUGUCAUCGACAUUGUCAAAAUGCGCUAAGGAUGUAGGUGGCUUCACUGUCAUGUUUUUGAUCAUCUUCUUGGCCUAUGCCCAAUUGGGAUACCUGGUGUUUGGCACCCAGAUCAAAGAUUUCCACACUAUUGGUAACUGUGUAUUCACUUUGUUCCGUAUUAUUCUUGGAGAUUUUGAUUUCCAUGAGCUUGAGGAGGCUAAUCGUAUACUUGGACCACUGUUCUUCAUGACUUACGUGUUUGUUGUGUUCUUUGUCUUGUUGAACAUGUUCUUGGCCAUCAUCAAUGACACAUACAGUGAAGUGAAGGCAGAUAUUGCAAACCAGAAGAGUGAGUUUGAAAUCACAGAUUACUUUAAGAAGGGUUAUGAGAAGAUGCGUGGCAAAUUGAACUUCAAACGCGACAAAAUUGCUGAUAUUCAAGAAGCGCUUGCUCAUGCAGAUCAUAAUGCCGACCAACACUUGGACUUCGAUGAAUGGAGAAUGGAACUCAAAGCUCGUGGCCAUGCGGAUACUGAAAUUGAGGCUGUAUUUGCCAAGUAUGAUGUUGAUGGCGACCGUAUCCUAGACGCUGAGGAGCAGAUGAAAAUGGCAUCAGAUCUUGAAACACAAAAGUCGGACUUGAACAAUCAACUUGCAGAGCUGGAGGAAUCAGGUGGAAUUGGUGGACGUCCCAGCACAAGUCACAGCAAUGAUUAUGGAGAUGAAGAUGAUGAUGAGGAUGGAGGCGGUAACAGGCGGGGUGGUGUGAGUGGAGUGACCUAUGAAGAAUUUGUUGUAUUGAGCCGUCGAGUUGAUCGCAUGGAGCACUCAAUUGGAAGUAUUGUGUCCAAGAUUGAUGCUGUUCUGGUGAAGCUGGAGGCUAUGGAACGUGCUAAGCUCAAGAGACGCGAGACUAUGGGCAAACUACUUGACAAUAUUAAGGAGGAUGAAGAAGGUGAUGGUAACAGACGAGAGCAGAUGGAGCGUCUCGUACGGGAGGAGUUAGAACGUUGGGAUUCAGAUGCCUCUCUAUCCAAUAGGGCAGCAAGCACUACUAGUGGACGUCACAGUGCAGCCCGCUCAGUCGCAGCAGUCUCGCGCCCUGGCAGCUCUGUUUCUCAGAGGAACCAAGAUGAUAUUAGUUCCCGUCCAGGCUCAGCCAUAUCCCGCCAGUUCAGUCCACGUGCUGAGUCCAACAUGUCUGGUCGUAAUAACAACCAAGAUGACAUUAGUUCUCGUCCAGGCACAGCUCAGUCCCACCAGCUCAGUCCACGUGCUGAGUCUGCCAUGUCUGGUCAUCACAGCUCACUUUCUGCAAUUUCUGAGCAUUUUUACAUCCAUGAUCCAAAUGCCAGCAAUGUGUAAACUGUUGAAGACAGACUGCAACAGAAAGAACCGACUACUACUAGAAAACUACUGAACAAAAGAAACCAAUGCAUUUUUGGACCAGCCGAACAAACACAUCAAUAUGAAUGUAUUGUUAUUCUUGUGUACUUAGCCUUAGAUAAUUAUACACUCAUAAAUUUUGCAGUUGUCUGUUAGCUGUAGUUUGACAAAAAGUAUACAAAUGACAUAAUGGCUGUUGUUUCAAUUCACUAAUACUUUGUGUUGUAAGUGCACACAGCGUGGGUAUAUUAUGUGGAACAUUGUUUUAGUGUAGAAAAUAAUUACUUCAGUAAAAAUAUAUAAACAAAUAUGUUUACCUAGACCAAACUAUUUCUUGGAAAUUUUAGGAAUAUUUGCAGUAAUUUGUACAACUGUUGAUAAUACAAUUUUUAUUCCUAUGUUAUCAUGGUCUAGACUGAUCUUAUACAUAAUCAUUGUAACUUCAUUUACAGAAAUUUAAAAUGUUACGAUCUUUUAGGAUUGGGAAGGUAAACCAUUCCAUUUCAUUAUAUGCCAAUACAUUCCAAGUGUUUAAAUAAUAUCAAAUAUUGUUUGCAUAAAUGCUUAUUAGACUCAACGUAUUCCGCCCAUCUUUUUUAAACUACUAUUUGAUAUGCAAAAACAAUUGAAUAUGCCUUGAUAUUGAUACCGGCCAUGUUUAUAGAUAUAUUUAUGUGUGUAACAUUUAUUUUCUCGUCUGUAAGUAAGGAGCAGACUCAAAGAUGUAUAUGUGCUGCAACUCAUUAUAGGAUUUUACAUUGAUUGAUGGAUAUAAUUAUUUAAGAAAGUAUACCAGCAUAAAAAUUCUUACAUCUGGUGAUGUAUUUAUAUAAUUCUUAUCCAGAGUUUUAACUUUUAACUUUAGUCUAAAUACAAUGUAUUAAAUCUUGUCACAUAUGUGUCAUGGUAUUCACUUUCACUCAUUUUUUUUGUAGAUAUUAAAGCUUUUUGAAUUUAUUGCAUGUAGAUAUGAUAAAGAGCUGUAUAUUUAUUUAGUUAUAUAUGAAAAGUUAGAAAUGUUGGUUAUCCAUGUGAAUGACAGAAAGCAUAUUUCUGUAAAACACCACACACUUAUUAAUAACAUACAGUACACCCUCCAAUUCAAGACCCCUCUAAUUCAAAACCACUUUUUUUCUAAGAACCAAAUUACAAUUGUCAAUUGUAUAACACAAAGCUAACCCUGUAAUUGAAGACCAAACCCCGAGACCAUCUCAAAUUUUCAGGUCCCAAAGGUGGUCUCGGAUUGGAGGGUGAAGUGUACAUGUAUUUAAGAGACUAGUGUGUUAACAAAGCAUACAGAACAGACGUUUUGAUUGGUUGGUGACGUCUUUAUUGCCAAGCAUUUAAAAGGGUGUGCCCUUGGUGUAUGGUUGAUCUUUUUAGUUUGUGAGUUUGUUUGGAAAUAUAAAUGUCUUGCUAUUUAUUUAACAAUCGUCUGCUGUAGGCAGAUGAGCACAUUGAUUGCAAAACACCUUGCAAAAGUCUUGUAUGCGGGUAAUUCUAAGUUUCAAUCUGGAGUAUAAUGCUGUUAAAGUAAACCUAUUUUUCAAAUUAAUAUUAGUUACUGAAAGAGAUCCCAGAAUUAUGGUGGGGGUAUACUGUAGGCUCAUUGUAUUAUUUUUAAAGUUAGAAUUCAUUCUCCAAAGCACAAAAAUAUAUUUUUCUGAAUAUUAUACUUUAUAUAUUUUAUUUAUUUGUAUAUUUAGAAGUUGAUACACAUUCUUGCCUUGAUGGAAAUCCAAGUAUCCUAAAUUUCCUUUUCUAAAACGCAUCAUUGAAACCAGGAGUUUAGUUUUAACGUAUACAGUUUUAUAUGCUUGCCUGCUUAGAAAAGGGUGUUUCAGAAUGCACAGUACUGUGCCUUAAUGGUUUUUGUGAAAAUUGUAAAUCCGUAGCAUGUUUUAAAAAAGCAGCUUUGUUUUAUUGGAUCGCUGUUGAUUGUGAAGGCGAUUUUACCACUCACAGUUUUACUACCUUGUGAUACUAUGAUAAAUGAUAUGCCUUAUUAAUAACAAAGUGUAUAGUAAUAAAUAGGGUAAUGCCAUCAAGAAAAUGUAAAUUUUGAUUCAAGUUUUAUUCAAAUGAAUUGUUAGGUACAAGAUUCCACAUCUUGUAAUUAACAAUUCAAAUGAAUUGUUAGGUACAAGAUGUGAAAUAUUGAUUUUUGGCAAGGUAUAAAAGAAACUCUCGGCGUUUAAUUGAUAGCAAUAAAAAAACAAACUGCGACUA